AGGGCGGCCAUUUUGAGACCGGGCAAGCGGGGUGGGAUUGGCGCUGCCGAGCAACGGUUGACCGGUUUUAACCAAGUGACUGGUUGUAGCAGCAUAGUGUGCUACCCAGCCAUGUUCCCUAUCGGCUUUGUGUGGCCAAGAGUACGAGUCCUGCGGGUGUUUUUGGCACUGCUGGCUGUACUACUGGCGUCGUCAAAGGUGUGGAAAACCGAUGAUUUUGAGGACUGCACCUGGCAAGUUGUUCUGAGCAAGUUUGAUAGGGUAGGUGACACCCACGUGAGUGACCGCUUCUAUGAUCAAGAGCCCGUGGAUACUGUGGGCAGCGUAUUCAGCAUGCUGGUGGACUCGCCCAUCGAUCCGCAGGAGAAAUACCUGGGCUUCCCUUACUACCUCAAAAUCAGCUACUCCUGUGAGGGACAGCCCUCCGAGGACCUGGUCCGCAGUGGCCACCUGAUGGGGCUGAAGCCCCUGGUGCUGGUCACCUUCCAGUCCUCUGUGAACUUCUACCGCUGGAAGAUAGAGCAGCUGCAGAUCAGGAUGGAGGCAGCCCCCUUCCGCUACACAGGGACGUGCCUGGCGGAGGAGGUGUGCGCCAUGAGCUGGUUCAUGCCCAUGCCCAUCCAGAACGGCAGUGUGGUCAUGAAGGUGGAGGUCACCAGCAACGGCCUGGGGCCCUUCAUUCCCAAUAAAAGGUUCCACGUGAAUAUCAACGGCUUUCUCAAGAAGCAGCAUGACACGGUCGACUUCACGCUGGGAUUGGAGCUCUUUGACCUGGCGCCCCAGUACUUUGUGAAUACUGCCUCGAGGCCCCUGUGGUACACUCUGGACCAGUCACCCGUACUCAUCCUGGGUGGCAUUCCCAACGAAAAGGCCAUCCUCCUGAGCGACACCAACUUUGAGACCUUUUCUCUUGUAGAGCUAAGCAUUGACAGUUGCUGGGUAGGCUCCUUCUACUGCCCCCAGGCUGACUUCUCGGCCACCAUCUACGACGCCAUCUCCACGGAGAGCACUCUCUUCAUUCGGCAGAACCAGCUUGUCUACUAUUUCACAGGCACCUAUGCCACGCUCUACAACCGCAGCCACAGCAGUGGCAGCUGGGUUCGGGUCCUGGCCACUGAGUGCAUCAAGAGGCUGUGUCCCGUGCUUUUCCACAGCAACGGCUCUGAGUACGUCAUGGCCCUCACCACAGGCAAGCAUGAGGGCUAUCUGCACUUCGGGACCAUCACCGAGGGCCGCGUGACCUUCGAGAUGCUGCCCAAGGGCAGGUCCGUGUGUGAGCAGAUCUCUGUUGGCAACUGCUCCAUUAUAUGGGCCGUGUUCAUCUCGGGCGAGUACAACAUCCUGCUGCUGGUGGAAAUCGGAGGCCUUACCGCCAAGUCUUUCCAAGUGGUCCGCUACAGCCUGAUCAGUGAUGACUCAGAAGUCCUCUACAUCAUCCCAGAUUUCAUCCCUGAUGCUCUUGGCUUGGAGUUCCUGAUGAUGGUAGGCACCGAGAAGUACACCAGCUCCCCCAUGGUGCCCAAGGGCAUGUUCUUUAACACCUACAACAACUUGCUGUUCAUUUGGGGCAACUUCCUCCUGCAGAGCUACAAUGAAGAAAACUACACCUACCUGGCGGGUUUCCCCAAAGAGUUAAGCAUCAAAUACCUGGUCAACUCAUUUGGUGGAGACAUCGCUAUUAUCACAGAGACUGAAGAGAUCUGGUACCUCCUGGAGGGCAAUUACCACGUGUACCGGCUGUUCCCGUCCCGGGGCUGGAGCAUCCACUCCAGUCUGCAGCUGCUGAAGCAGUCCUCCCUCUAUGCCGCCAGUGAGACCUGGGUCACCUUCUUCUACGAAGACAGGGAGCUGUACCAGCUGGUGUACCUCGAGGGCGAGGGCGGCGGGCAGGGUCGCCUGAUCAAGAGGCUCCUGCCUGUGGAGAAGCUGCUGCUGUAUGAGCAGCAGAGCCACUACCAGUUGGACAGGCAGGGGAGCCACCCGGUGCUGACCUUCACCAACCAGUGCCCCUUCACCACGCUGAGCCUGCUGAACCUGCCCAACCCUCAGGCUUACACGCGCGAGGAGCGCUACGGGGCUCGGCCGCCGCACGUCCUGGAGAGCUCGGGCUUCCACAGCGAGAAGUCGCUCGCGGUCUACCAGGGCCUCCUCUACUACCUGCUCUGGCUGCACUCCAAGUACAACAAGCCAUAUGCAGACCCGGUACACGAUCCUACUUGGCGCUGGUGGAAAAACAAGAAACAGGACCAGGAGUACUACUUAUAUCUGAAGAGAAACUGGCUGAGCGUGGGCGGCGUGCACAUUGACAUGGCCAGCUACGAGAAGAUCUACAACCUCAAGUCCCAGUACCAGCUGCCCCAGAGCAUUUUCCUGGACAAGGGCAACUCCUACCAGUUCUCCUUAAAGAUGCGCUCCAAAGAGGGCUCUGCCUUCCAGGAGCAGCGCAAGCUGGCGGUGGGUUUUGUGGUGGCCGAUCCCCAUUGCAUAGAGGCCUUCGCGAAGCAGGAGGCUGCUGUUAUUCGAAACUCAGUGCAAUUCUUGGGCAACCUGAUGCUGCCCGUGUUUAUCGGCUGCCCCCCAGGCAAGCGCCUGGCCUUCGACAUCACCUACACGUUGGAGUACAACCGCCUGCUCAACAGACAAUACUUCGACUGCGUGCACCCCGACCCCGAGAUGCCCUGCUUUCUCUUCCGUGACCAGUUCCACCCCUUCUUCUUGAUUCAGGAUUUGGUGACGGGAGACUCCGGCAGUUUCACGGGCAGAUACGUGCUGAAGGUGGUGGGCGGUGGGCCGACCCUGGCCACUGUCCGGGACUACAGCGAGGAGGAGAUCUACCGCUUCAACAGCCCGCUGGACACGACUAAUAGCCGCAUCUGGACCACAAAGACCAGAGAGACCACGGAGGACGGGGUAUUCCGCAUCAUGUCCUCCCGGAGCUACGGCAUCGAGUGGCUGUGUCUGGAGAACUCCCCCUGCUAUGACACCAUCCCCCAAAGCAUCUUCUCCCCUGAAUUCUACUUCAAGGUGUUGGUGAGCAAUAGAGGUGUGGACAGCAGCACGUACUGCGACUACCAGCUCACCUUCCUGCUGCACAUCCAUGGGCUGCCGCUCAGUUUCAAGCGAGCCCUGUUGAUCGCCAUCGUGUCGGCCAGUGUGUUUGUCGGCCUGGUGAUCUUCUACAUCGCCUUCUGCCUCCUGUGGCCGCUUAUGGUGAAGGCCUGGAAUAUGUUCCUCUGGAAGAUGAACGCCGUCAUCACCUCAGAGUCCUACUACUACUCCACGUCCAGGAGCGGCUCACUGCAGCUGAAUGACAAUACCACCUCCAAGGCCCCCUCCAAGCUCACUCUAAAGGAGAACCAGGGGGACAAGACUGAAACCGAGGAAGCCGUGGGAAAGGAGCUCCAGAGCUGAGCCUCCCGCUCACCUCCACCCCUUGCCCACCCUUGGCUUCUCCUCGUAGCCCCGUCUUGGAAAUGCAGCCUGGCCCCCGCCCCGGUCUUUCUUAGCCCCAAAUAAAGCCCCAUUUCAGGAUCAGCCGUGAAUUUUCA